AUGUCAAAGGAGAAGUUCCUCGACGCCCUAGUGGACGACUCACUAGAUGACGAUUGGUUAACGAAACAAACGGGUCCCGCGGCAGUGGCAGCUGCAGCUGCAGCAUUCUCCAACAAACCAAGAAGAAAGAACAACAACAAAACGGCACCUGCACCAUUGCCAAAGAAGACACUGUUCUACGAGGACAGUUCAGAUGCACAUAUUGCACAGCCCAUCAGGGAGAAGCAACCCUCGGUAAUGGAUUCACCUGGUCCCAAACCGCACCCUCCCAUCAAGGUAAACACUAACAGAAUUUUAGACGAAUUGGAUAAAUUCUCAUCCUCUCUUUCCCCCUCAUCUAUUGCACCCGUAGUGACGGAUGAUGAAUCCGCCAUUGAAGAAAUACCAAGAGGAUCACCUGAGAAAGUGAAACCAUCGGAAAGAAUACUGGAUUCAUCGCGCCCCUAUGAGACCAUAUCACCUUCACAUUCAAAACAGGUCCGUUUCCAAAGAAAUUUUAAUUGGAAUGUGGAUGUCGAUGAUACGGAAUUGAGACCUUGGGAAUUUAGAAGAUUGAUUAGAAGAAAUUUCAUAUCGAAAUUACCUGAGACGGCUAAAGUCGUGCCCUGGAAGAAACCUUCCAAGGGAUUGGUGCAUGCUUUGAUGCAAUUAUUGGAAAUUGAUUCAAAAGUCGCUUUGGAAGAUGUGUUUGUUAAAUAUGAUGAUGAGAUUAAAAACGUUACUUUCAAUAAGAGGAAAGAAAUUAAAAAGAUUCAUGCAUUGAAAGAAAAAUUAAUGCAUGAUAUAUUGACCAAAAUAAGAAGUAGAUUGAAAUUGUCUGCCAUACCAACAAAAUUAAAUGGUCAUGACAUAGAUAGUGAAUAUAUCUUUGCCAAGAGGAAAUUCAUACAGGGGAAAUAUUCACAGGAGAAGGACAAGAAUAAGAAGUUGAGAGAUGAAUUGAAAAGCAAAAGAGAAGAGUUAGAACAACUGAAAAUGGAAACCCUUGCUGCUCAAGAACCACAACCCAAUAAUAACGAUCAUGACUUAUUAGACAAACUCCAGGAGACAUUACAUCCAACCCUUCAGCGCAUACCCCCCAGAACAUCACAAUUCCAACGAGAUGUCAUUGACUACAAUCUAAUAUUCGAAUCCUAG